AUGGCUGAGCCUCAAAGCGUCAAACGUGCGAGAGCCAAUACCAUCGGCGAUGUCCACACCACUACGACAGCGCCGCCACCAGAUGAAAUUUCCCGGCGCAUCCAACAUCUCGAUUCACAGACUGUCACCGACAUACUCACCCGAGCAGCGCAAAUCCACCCCGAUGUGAUGAGCAUGGUGGACGAUGCCAUUCGCGUCAUUCGGGAGAGAGAGCAAACUCGCGUCAUCAACUUUGACCAUUAUUCGGGUUCAAUCUGGAAAUCGAUUAAUAUCACAUAUCGUUUCAUGCGCGGUGGAGCGCAGCACGGUAUCUCAUUCGAGGUAGCCCAGGAUGUCGUUGAUACCAUCAAAUUGAUCACGAAACAGUGUGGUCCGCUCACAAACCCUCGGACACGCUUCAACGGGAUCUCUGUCCUACGCAAAAUCGGCAAGACGAUUGCGCUUUCUUCCAACGAUACAUUGGGUCAUGAGGUGCAAAAGCGGUUCCAAUAUGAUACUGCUCUUGUAGAUGGGAUGUGGGACAUCGUCGAUUCUAUGACGGAGGAUGAAGUGCGAGCAAUCAGAGAGGAUGAGUCGAGUCCAGAAGCAUUGUGGCCGAAGUUAAGAGAAUUGGAAGAGCUAGCCAAGGAUCAUUCCAUCCAUCCUGGAUUACAAGAUGUGCUGGAUCUAUUCAAUCCUGCUCACUGUGGGGAUAAGGAAGAAGAGGGUGGAGAGGAAUAUGGAGAGGAAUAUGGAGAGGAAUAUGAAGAGAAAGAUGGAGAAGGAUACGAGAAGGAGGAUGAUGCUCAUCAAGAACAGCCAUGA